UUCGUUCGAUAACCGCUUUGCUAUACUUUCCACUCGUGAUAAUCUUGUUAAUCUGUUUGAUUUAAAUUUAAAUUAUUUUAAAUUGUUCGGAAUGGAUUCAAAAAGUUAUGAAAAAAGAAUUAAGAAAAACCCUGAAAAAAGAUCCCACAGACUUUACAGCACUGUUGUGAUUAUUGAAAAAAACCAACCAACCAAAACAGUAGUUCCAGCUCACUGGGUUGACUCGGAUAGUUCUGUUGUUUAAUUUCCCCCAAAAGAGUACAAGGCAGUUGGUAUGUACAUUGCAGAAUGGGCUGUACCAGAACCAGGAUGGCAGGAAUUUGAGUUUGUUGAGUACAUAUUAGAUUCUGGAACAUUAGAAACAUGUAACCAGAUGUUACAUUUUCAAACUGAAGAUGAGGCUGAAAAUUUAUCAAUACAAAAAAUUAAAAUGAAUAAAAGAGCUGCAAGUCCAGUGAUAGAUUUCGCGUCCAGUCCUACAUCGUCUUCUCAACGUUUUACACCUAGUGAUAUUUUGGAAACGCCUGCAACGUCUUCGAAAUUAAAUAUUGCAUCAUUGUUCAAACAAGAUCAUUCUUGUAAAACCACAAAUUUGUUUGAGAAGCCUUCAAAAGUGAGUGAUGGCGGUUCCUCAUUUAAAGAAAUGUCAAAUAAAACUGUAAUGGGAGUAUCAAAUGACACAAUUGAAGCAGAUGUAAUUAUGAAGCCUAUUGACUCGUUGGAGAAGUUUGAUGAACAGGAAAAUACGUUAAACUCAAGUAAAGUAGCAAGGUUGCAAAAGGUAUAUUUUAAUUUCCUUUUAAUAGAUCCUUAA